UUUACUUGUUAAUGUUAUGUGGUGCGCUCUCGUACCUGAGUCGCAGGUUUGUGGAUAAUAGAGUGCUGAUAAAGCCUGAAACUAUGAGGCUGCACCAUAAACUUCUGCAAAAGUACUACGAAGCUCGGAAGGACUGGACGGUAUCAAACCUAGGAAAGUGCCUGUUCAAAUUCUCUAGCACGCGCCCCCCGACGUGUGAAGUAAUAAACCAUCCAGAACUUAUACAUCCGGACAGCAACCUUUUCCACAUUCUGAUCUGGAGACACGAGGGUUCGACCAAGAGGAGGCACAUGGACGGUUCUGGUAAACACGGUAAGGACCCGCUACGCGGGUGCAGCGUACAAAACUGCAGGUUUACAGAAAACGACGACUCUUGGAUUCCUUUUGUGGACGCAGUUGUUGUGCAUUUAAACAAAGCCCUUUUACCAAAUUGGCAGCAGCAAAGCAAACGGAAGCCGCACCAACGCUGGAUAUUCUGGACGGAGGAGCCUCCAGUCUACACGUUCUCUGGGGCCGAACCGGGCACAGUCAAGCCCCGUUUAAAGGAUAUGGCCAAUAUCUUUAACUGGUCAAUGACAUACAGAUCGGACUCUGAUAUUCCAGUUCCUUACGGCCGAACGAUACCUCUAUUGUACCCGAAACUCAACAACAUAUAUGACGCAGAACCUUCAGAACUGGUCCCAUUUUGGUCACGGAAGCAGACUAGAGUUUUGGCCACCAUUCUGAUGUCUCACUGCAAAUCGUUUCGCUUGAACUUCGUGAUGCAACUGCAGAAGUUUCUGAGUGUGGACUUCUACGGAAGAUGUUCGAAGGUUCCAGGCAAUGCAGAAAAGUAA